GAACAGGGAGUCUGUGCGCUUGUGUGGGGACUCAGUGUAGAUCUCUCCUUUCGAACCGUAGCAAUAGCAGACAGGACCCAGAGCAGCCCUCAUCGCGCUGUGGUCCCUUCGCUUGCUCCCUACCUCACGGACACGAGAACUGUCGUAUGCAGAGGCAUUAUGUUGAUGUGGUAGCAACAGACUGAGAAAUUUGUAAGAAAAUACAUUGGAGCCAAGCGUAAACAGCCAAGGACUGAGGUGGCUGAUCUUGCUGUAUUUCUUUGCGCAGGGAGUAGCCGUUAGUGGAGUUUGAAAGGAUGCGUAUUAGCUAUUAUAGGUAACAGGUAGGAUGGUGGCCGGGGAGGCUAGCGUGCACAGCUCCCUGGUGGCUUGCUGGCAGCCCAUUCUGCUGCUGAUGCUGGGUACUGUCCUGUCAGGCUCAGCCACAGGCUGCCCAGCUCGCUGUGACUGCAAUGCCCAGGAGCGAUCAGUGCUGUGCCACCGCAAACGGCUGAUGAAUAUACCUGAGGGUAUCCCAACUGAGACACGCCUUCUGGACCUCAGCAAAAAUCGCAUCAAGACCAUUAACCCAGACGAGUUUGCACCCUUCCCCCACCUGGAGGAACUGGAGCUCAACGAGAACGUCAUCUCUACCAUCGAGCCUGGAGCCUUCAACAACCUCUAUGGCUUGAGGACUUUAGGGCUGCGCAGCAACAAGCUGAAGCUCAUUCAACUGGGAGUUUUCACAGGGCUGAGCAACCUCACCCAACUGGACAUCAGCGAGAACAAAAUUGUUAUACUGCUGGACUAUAUGUUCCAGGACCUUUACAAUCUUAAGGCUCUGGAGGUGGGGGACAAUGACCUGGUGUUCAUCUCCCACCGAGCCUUCAGUGGCCUGACCAGCCUGGAGCAGCUGUCCCUGGAGAAGUGCAACUUGACCUCUGUCCCCACAGAAGCACUUUCCCACCUCCAUAGCCUGAUCGUGCUCCGGCUGAGGCACCUCAAUAUUAACGUGGUCAGGGACUAUUCCUUCAAGCGGCUAUACAGGCUCAAGGUCCUCGAAAUCUCCCACUGGCCUUUCCUGGAUACCAUGACCUCUAACUGCCUGUAUGGCCUCAACUUGACCUCCCUCACCAUUACCCAUGGUAACCUUACCACCAUUCCUUAUGUGGCUAUCCGCCACUUGGUCUACCUGCGUUUCCUGAAUUUAUCCUUUAACCCAAUCCACACAGUGGAAGGAGACAUGCUCCAUGAAUUGCUUAGGCUCCAGGAGUUUCACUUAGUGGGUGGUCAAUUGGCCACUAUAGAGCCUUAUUCCUUCAAGGGGCUGAACUACCUACGCAUCCUCAAUGUCUCAGGCAAUUAUCUGUCCACACUGGAGGAGUCUGCCUUCCACUCAGUGGGCAACUUGGAGACACUUAUCCUGGAUAACAAUCCUCUGGCUUGUGAUUGCCGUCUACUUUGGGUCUUCCGUCGUCGCUGGAGGCUCAAUUUCAAUCGGCAGCAGCCUACCUGCUAUGCACCAGAGUUUGUCCAGGGCAAAGAGUUUAAGGACUUCCCAGACAUACUCCUGCCCAAUUAUUUCACCUGCCGUAAAUCCAGAAUCCGGGAACGGAAGCCCCAGCAGGUGUUUGUGGACGAGGGUCACACUGUUCACUUUGUGUGCCGGGCAGAUGGGGAUCCAGCACCCGUGAUAAGGUGGGUAUCCCCUCGCAAGCACUUAAUCUCAGCAAAGACCAAUGGGCGCCUGACAGUGUUCCCCGAUGGCACACUGGAGGUGCGUUAUGCCCAGAUACAGGACAAUGGCACCUAUGCUUGCAUCGCCAGCAAUGCGGGAGGCAACGACACUGUGGUUGCCCAUUUACAUGUCCGUAGUUACUCUCCAGAUUGGCCCCACCAGCCCAACAAGACCCUGGCCUUUAUCUCUAACCAGCCCAAUGAGAAUGGCUCCAAUGGGACACAAGGCACAGUUCCCUUCCCAUUUGACAUCAAGACACUGAUAAUUGCGACCACCAUGGGCUUCAUUUCCUUCCUUGGGGUGGUGUUAUUCUGCCUGGUCCUCCUCUUCCUCUGGAGCAGGGGCAAGGGCAACACCAAGAACAACAUUGAAAUUGAGUAUGUGCCCCGCAAGUCUGACGCUGGCAUAAGCAGCAGCACAGCCGAUGCGCCUCGCAAGUUCAAUAUGAAGAUGAUAUGACAGGCCAAAGGCAUGGAAGGAAGGAAUGGAAAAGUGGAAAACAACCGGGGUGUUAUUCUCAACAAAAAGAACGAUCCUAUCUUCGAAGCUGGGAUGGCGAUGUUAUUUGUUGUUGGGUUUUUUUUUUUUUCGUUCAAUCCUCCCUGGACGUUUAAUCAAGACUUAUUACAGAUGGGCCACUUCUUCGAAACCGAACUUGGUGUACUGGAUUCAGACAAGUGGAUUUUUAUGGAAAAAAUAAGUAAAUUAAAAAAUAAUUAAAUGAACCAUUUUAAAAGUUUCUUAUCAUUAGCCGGAAUGCGAGAGGCAGUUCUCUCCCUGCAGAGUCUUUAUGCCUUUAUUAAUUUAUUUCAUUAUUUUAUUUAUUUUUUUAACUAAAAAAAGAUAAUUUGUUUUAUGGAAAUGAUAACUAGAUAGUAUCCUUGAAUAGGGGUUGGUGAACACAUAGCUUCAUUCUUGAAAGUCUUUUCUACGUGAACAUUUGUUUUUAACAGAGAAAUAUGUUUUCACCUAUAUUCUCAUUGACAGAAACAGUACUGUGCAGUAGUAGUGAUUUCACAAAGAUUUAGUGGGCUCCAACAAAGGAGGGGAUCCAGUAUCAACACUGUAAAAACAUAUAUUAUAUACAGUAUAUAAAUAUCUCCCCCUUUCAACACUAUUGAUAGUGAUCAUAAAAAGUUCUGUUUUUUGGAAUGCGCUCUAAGAAGUCCGUAGUGCAGAGGGAUUAAUUAAUCACCGGUAUGGCUCAACUAGUUAACAACCUUAACCAGCUUCAAACAUCACCCCCAUCCAAGAACCAGCAAUCCUGACUUCUAGACCACAAAUGAGACCAAUACACAGAAUUGUUUUAUGUAAUGUUUUAACCCUUUGCAGUCCAUUUAUUCAGCGCUUGUCAGGUGUGUCAGGUCCAAUUUAUUUUCACACACGCCAU